AUGGCACUGGACUAUAGGUGCGCAUUUGGCGCCUCCGUUUUACUAGCGUGUGUGAUAAUCUGCAGUAAUGUGCUAUGUCCCGUCGGUGCCUAUCUGUACAACAACCAGUAUGCAGGUGAUCAAGUCUUCAGGAUAACUCCGAGUAAUGAUGAGGAGGUCCAGGCGCUCAAGAAAAUUCUGGGACAUAUCAAGGUGGACCUCUGGCAGCCCAACAGUGCUUCCCUGAUUCGCUACAACUCCACCGUGGACGUGCACGUGAAACGCAACAACACACGAGGGCUGCGUGCACGUUUGAAGCAAGAACGUAUUGACUAUCAGGUGUUCAUCUCCAAUCUGCAGACAGAAAUUGAAAAGCAGACGGGAUAUCGCUCCUCUCGCAAGCGGAGGUCAGAGUCUCAUUAUGACUACGAGGUUUACCACUCUCUGGAAGAGAUCCAGAGCUGGAUGUUCCAGAUAAACAAAACCCACCCCGACCUGGUGGACAUGUUCUCCAUAGGGAAGUCAUAUGAGGGAAGACCUCUGUACGUGCUUCAGCUAGGAAAGAGAAGUCGACCCCAGAAAAAAGCUGUGUGGAUCGACUGCGGCGUCCAUGCGAGAGAGUGGAUAGGACCCGCUUUCUGCCAGUGGUUUGUCAAAGAGGCCCUGAUCUCCUACCAGCAUGACUCUGUGAUGAGACGGCUGCUGAACCAGCUCAACUUCUACAUCAUGCCUGUCUUCAAUGUGGAUGGAUACCACUUCAGCUGGACCACAGAUCGCUUCUGGAGGAAAACACGGUCCAAAAACCACAAAUACCACUGCCGGGGUGUAGACGCUAACAGAAACUGGAAAGUAAAGUGGUGUGACGAGGGCGCCUCCUCUCACCCCUGUGACGAUACCUACUGCGGACCCUUCCCUGAGUCCGAGCCUGAAGUCAAGGCCGUCGCCAAGUUUCUACGCAAGCACAAGAAGCGCGUGAAAGCCUACAUAUCCAUCCAUGCCUAUGCCCAAAUGCUGCUCUACCCAUAUUCCUACAAGUACGCCACAAUCCCCAAUUUCAACUGUGUGGAGUCGGCAGCUCAUAAUGCAGUUACAGCCCUGUACUCUGCCUACGGGGUGAGGUACAGAUACGGACCGGCCUCCACCACCCUGUAUGUUAGCUCAGGCAGCUCUAUGGACUGGGCGUACAGGAACGGGAUCCCGUAUGCCUUUGCUUUUGAGCUCAGGGAUACGGGCUACUUUGGCUUCCUCCUGCCCGAAUCCCUGAUCAACCCAACCUGCACUGAGACGAUGAGGGCUGUGAAAGCCAUCGCAUCGAGUCUGCUGAAGAAGUGUGAGGCUACAGACAGGGACAAAUUUCCAUAUAUAUGACCGCACAGUAGGUCACAGGAGCUCCUCCCUGCCAUCUACACAUCUUGACGCUCAUAUUUCUCACAGAUAUUAUCAGGCCGGGCGCUGAAGAGGACUAGGAGAGCCUGGUGCUUCUUUUGUUUGUUUGUUUUUGAGGUUGUUCACCUUGCUUUUCUUUAUAUAAACUGAUGGUGGUGGGGUUUUUUUGUGCCAAAAGCCACAGAUCCUACAAGUGACCAGUCUCCUCAUACAAUGAGAUCACACGCCAAGUGUUGCUUAUUAAAAUGUACAGUGCCAGACAUUUCUAUGAACUAAGCUUUUCACAUUGAAUGGUGGUCACGUAAGCACUUGAAUGAGGACUUAACUGAUUAAUUUUGUCAUGACACGGCAGCACUUUUCUAAAAGGGUUUGAAUAUCUUUCAGAGGUGCCUUAUGUUAAACAAACUGCAGUUGUUCCACAGCUUUUCAGAAGCAGUAUGACUGAUGAAUGAGGAAAUGUAUCAUUGUUUUCAUGCUGGUUGCCUUUCAAUUUUUUUGUUUUGCAUUACUCUUUAACCAAGUGCUACUUAUUAUUCUUACAUUGUUUGUUAAUGUAUUAUUGCCUUUAUUGCUGCAAGAUCAGGGCUGUGCAUAUAUGCUAUCACUUGAUUAUAUAUGAUUUUGGUUGGAGAUAUUUUUUGUUAGACAUGUUUUUGCUGUUAUGUCCAUGUGACUGAGACUGAAUUUGGUCAAUCCUGGUAGUCAAUUUUAAAGAAGAAAACACAAGGGUGCUGUUGUAAAUGAAAGAAGGAAAGUAGAUAAUCAAAAUCAUAUUGUCCAUUGCAAUCCGAAAUGAUCUUUAUAGCAUUUUUAAAUUCUUGUUGUUCUGUCUCUAUUAGUCUAUCAAUUAUCUCUCAGUGCUUUAAUAGAUUUGAGCUAUUCUCUUGUUCAGUGGUAUUAUUGUUGGGUCUAGUAUAAUUUAUGCCCUAUCUUGAAAUUAUUGCUAGAAACUAUCAGUACUAUCAGGUGAUGCUUGCUGGGCUUUAGCGUGCAAAUCAAAGAUGUUCCCAACUCUGUGUAACUGACUGUAGAUAAUAGCCAAUCCCACAAGAUAAAUUCUGAAUAAACCCUUUAGAAGUGGUGGAACAGACAUGCAACACAACCCAAAGUAAAAGUGAAACAUGCCACCCAUGACUGCUGAAACUAUGUUGUCAAAUGGCCAGAUUUUCAGGUUGUAUAAGCUGUUAAAGUGUUACUUUAAUUUAAGAGCGGAGAAGCUGUGUAAUACUCCUAAACAUGUAAGUGUUUGUACUGUACAGGCAGCUGAACAGAUGAAGCAUAACUUGACUGUAUUAUUAAACAAACAAGCAAAAGA